AUGGCCCCGGAGCGCGCGCCCGCCCGCCGGCCGGGGAGAGAGGAUUCCAGCUUCCCUCGGCGGGGCGGGGACGAGGGCAGGAGGGGGCGGAGAGUCGUCCGGGCGCCUGCGCCAGCCGUUCCUAUCGCUACUCUCGAGCUCUGCUCGGUCUUGGUGGAAUCGACCCGAGCGAAAUGUAACAAAACAAGCGGCGUCUUUGUAUCUGCUUAAAGGAGCCGCGGUCGCUCGGAGCCCCUCUGAGCAGAGAAAGUAGCGGAGAGGGGCAAAGAACAGCGGCACCAGGUGGGCGAAGGAUCUGGGACCAGCCGCUCCACGGGAGACCUUCGGCGGGGAAAGAGAGGGAGAGGAUUACUGGAGACGAAGAGAGCCAGCGGAGAUCCACGCAGGGGAAAGCCGGGCGGAGAGCAGGGCAGGACGGCCCAGUGGUUACGAUGGGAACCUCGCCAGAGGCGCCGGUGGAAGAGGCUGCGGGCAUGAACCGCGCCAGGCUGCUUCGGUGAUGGCUUGAGCGAAGCGGCUGGAAAGUUGCAGGAGAGCUUGCUCUAUGCCCGCCGGGUUGAGUCCCUGGCCCGGAGCAGCCAGCGGUGGGCGUCGGGUUUCCCGUCUCGAUCCUUCCCCCCUCCCGGUGUGAGCCCCCCUUCCUUUUGCGCGUAACUUGGCGAUCGCCAUGUCGAAAGUGAUCCAGAAGAAGAACCAUUGGACGGCCAAAGUGCACCAAUCCACGGUGAGCCGCAAUGCUCAGGGCCAGCUCGGGGUCACCAUCCUCGGUGGAGCGGAAUACGGAGAGUUUCCUUACGUCGGGGCGGUGGACGUCGAGGGGGAGGCGGCGCCGCUCAACGACAACGGCGAGGGCAGACUUGGCGAAGGGGAGCUGCUCUUGGAGGUGCAGGGGAUCCGCGUCUCGGGCUUGCCCCGCUAUGACGUGCUGGAAGUUCUCCGGAGCUGCAAGGAGCCCAUUGUUUUCAGAGCCGUCAGACAAGGUGAGGGCGCGAGCGCGCGCGAGAGGCGGGCCGCUUUGCAGGACUUGGUGCGGACUUCGAGACGGGGCGGGGGGCGCUGCGCUGCCCUGCGCUGCAGGAGUCUCCUCAUUGUUUUCUGCCCGGGAGAAGAGGGCGAGAGGUGGCGCAGCUUCGCCUUGGGCGGGUGGCCGGUCCCGAAGCCUUUCUGGGGUGAACUUGUGAGACCCCCCCCCAGCCCACUGCAUGAGAACGGCU